GGCCUCUCGCAGCGCCGUACGCGUUUCCUGCGCGCAGCGAUCUGCUCCGGCGCGGUCGGGUUUGCCUGCUGCCCCAGAGCCGGAGAGGAGCUUUGCCAGCAGCUUUCUCACUGAGUAAUUUCAGGCUUCAGAUACAGUAACAGCGAUAAAAACCCCUCCCGGCACACAAGGCACUGUGAAGAGAAUACAUUUGUUGCCUGUUGGCAGCGAUACAAUUACUCUGCCCAGAACUCAUCUGUGCCGCGGAAGGGGCGGCCGCAGAGAGCGGCGCCGGGGGAGGCGGUCCCGGCCCCACCUCCGGGUGGCGGCCCCGCAGCAUGGCCGGGCUGAUCGACUUCGGGGACGAGGAGGAGGUGAGGAGCUAUCUGGAGAACCUGCACGUCGAGUACAGCUACCAGUGCUUCAAGGAGAAGGACCCCGAAGGCUGCCAGCGCCUGGCCGACUACCUGGACGCCGUCAAGAAGGACUUCGAGGCGGCCGCGCGGGUGCUGCGGGACAACUGCGAGCUGCACGGGCACAGCGAGAGCUGCUACAGGCUCGGGGCCUACCAGGCUAUCGGCAAAGGUGGACUCGCCGCAGACUUGAAAGCUGCCUACAAGUCUUUCCUGAAGUCAUGUGAGAAAGGUGGGAAGAAGUCGGUGAAUGCCUGUCACAGCGUUGGACUGCUGGCCCACGAUGGGAGAGUCAAUGAUGAUAAACCGGACCCAGUUGUUGCUAGAGACUAUUACACAAAAGCCUGCGAUGGCAACUUUGCUCCUAGCUGCUUCAACCUCAGUGUAAUAUACCUCCAAGGAGCAGCCGGGGUCCCUAAGGACAUGAACCGGGCUUUGAAGUACUCACUGAAGGGCUGUGAGCUGGGUCACAUAUGGGCUUGUGCCAAUGCCAGUCGAAUGUACAAACUGGGAGAUGGUGUUGAGAAGAAUGAUGACAAGGCAGAGGAUUUGAAAAACAGGGCAAAACAGUUGCACAAAGAACAGAAAGAAGCCUCGAGUUCUUUAACAUUUGGGGAGUAAAACUUGUCAGUCACAGUUAAGACUGCAGCUUUAAGUGGCAAGUGAACUUGCAAUUUAAAUCUCAUGAAAAAUCUCAGUUUUCACUCAGUAAAUAUCUUGGAAGUAUUUGUGUGUGCAACUCCAUGUAUAUUUUUGUGGAUGCAAUAAAUGUGACCAACUCUGUGCCUUUCUACAUUUUUAAA